AUGAGUUCAAUCUUAAAGCAAAGAGUCAGAUAUGCUCCAUAUUUAAAGAAGUUAAGGACCCCAGAAGAAUGUAUUGAAUUAUUCAAACACGGACAAUAUUUAGGAUGGUCAGGAUUCACAGGUGUUGGUGCACCAAAAGUUAUCCCAACUGCUUUAGUCGACCAUGUUGAAAAGAACAAUUUACAAGGUAAACUCGGAUUCAAUUUAUUCGUUGGUGCUAGUGCAGGUCCAGAAGAAAGUAGAUGGGCUGAAAAUUCAAUGAUUUUAAGAAGAUCUCCACAUCAAGUCGGUAAGCCAAUUGCUGCUGCAAUUAACGAUGGUAGAACUCAAUUCUUCGAUAAACAUUUAUCUAUGUUUCCUCAAGAUUUAACUUAUGGAUUCUAUACCAAAAACAAAGUUGGUAAUUCAAACUUAGAUUUCACCAUCAUUGAAGCUACUGCUAUCAAAGAAGAUGGGUCAAUUGUCCCAGGUCCAGCUGUCGGUGCUUCACCAGAAAUGUUAAGUGUUUCAGACAAUAUUAUUAUUGAAGUUAACACUAAAACUCCAUCAUUUGAAGGAUUACAUGAUAUUGAUUUACCAGUAAAUCCUCCAUUCAGACAACCAUAUCCACACACUUCAGCCGAUUACAAAAUUGGUUUGAACUCCAUUCCAAUUGACCCAUCAAAAGUCAUUGCUAUUGUUGAAAGUAACCAAAUGGAUAAAGUUCCACCAAACACCCCAUCUGAUGCUAUGUCAAGACAAAUUGGUGCUCAUUUAAUUGAAUUCUUCGAACAUGAAGUCAAACAAGGUAGAUUACCAUCAAACUUGCAUCCUUUACAAAGUGGUAUCGGUAACAUUGCCAAUGCUGUUGUUGAAGGAUUAGCUGAAUCAAACUUCAAGAACUUAACUGUCUGGACUGAAGUUUUACAAGAUUCUUUCUUGGAUUUCUUCGCUUCAGGAUCAUUAGAUUAUGCCACUGCCACUUCCAUCAGAUUAACUGAAGCUGGUUUCGAAAGAUUCUACGAAAACUGGGAUGAAUUUUCCAAAAAAUUAUGUUUAAGAUCUCAAGUUGUUUCUAACUCACCAGAAAUUAUCAGAAGAUUAGGUGUUAUUGCCAUGAAUACCCCAGUUGAAGUUGAUAUUUACGGUCAUGCUAACUCCACUAAUGUUAUGGGUUCAAGAAUGUUAAAUGGUUUAGGGGGAUCAGCUGAUUUCUUAAGAAAUGCCAAAUUAUCCAUCAUGCAUACCCCUAGUGCUAGACCAUCAAAGAUUGAUCCAACUGGUGUUUCAUGUAUUGUUCCAAUGGCCAGUCAUGUCGAUCAAACUGAACAUGAUUUAGAUAUCAUUGUUACCGAACAAGGUUUAGCUGAUUUAAGAGGUAUGUCACCAAAAGAAAGAGCCCUUGAAAUUAUCAAGAAAUGUGCUCAUCCUGACUACAGAGAUCAAUUGACCGAAUACUAUGAUAGAGCUAACUUCGAAAUGAAGAAGAAGAAAAUGUUGCAUGAACCACAUAUCUUGAAAGAUGUUUUCAAGAUGCACCUCAAUUUCCAAGAAAAUGGUACUAUGAAAUUGGAUAGUUGGGAUGUUAAAUUUUAG